CAGCUCAUUCCCACAUUCAGCGGGGUAAUUAAGGACGGACAAUAAAUGAUAAAUUAGCCACUGAGACCCACAGCCUGUGAACGAAUUUUUUUUAAAAAAAAUCUGAUGGACACACUUGAUUCGCUAGGACCUGAAUCACCGGCCUUGGACAGUGGAGGAAACGAGUCUGUUUGUGGGAAAGGAUUUUCAGGUACUAUCAGUCUAUCAGAAGCUGAAUAUCAUUGGAUUUUGAACAUGGAAGGAAAAAAUAGCAUUCUCCUUGGUGGAAAACCGUAUAGAUGUUCUUUGUGUGGGCGAGGCUUCAGCCAGUCAUCAGGUCUGUCGAGACACAAACGUAGUCACACUGGAGAGAAACCAUGGAAAUGUGCAGACUGUGGGAAAGGAUUCAGUCAACUGUCCCAACUGGAAAUUCACCAGCGCUGUCACAUGGAGGAGAGGCCAUUCACCUGCCCCGAGUGUGGGAAGGGAUUCAUUCACCCAUCGUGGCUGCAAGCUCAUCGCCGCAGUCAUACUGGGGAGAGGCCGUUCACCUGUUCCAAAUGUGGGAAGGGAUUUAUUCAGUUGUUCAACUUACACAGACACCAAAGCACUCACGUGGGGGAGAAACUGUACACGUGUUCUUUGUGUGGCCAAGGCUUCAGCCAAUCAUCCAACCUCUCAGAGCAUAAAUGCAGACACAAUGGGGAGAAGCCGUGGAAAUGUGGUGACUGUGGAAAGGGAUUCAAAUCCCCAUCUGAGGUGGAAACUCAUCGGCGCAGCCACACGGGUGAGAGACCGUUCACCUGCUCUGACUGUGGGAAGGGUUUCACUUGUUCUUCUAACUUGCUCACACACCAGCGAGUUCACACCGGGGAGAGACCAUUCAAUUGUCUCAAUUGUGGGAAGAGAUUCACUCAGUCAUCCCAGCUGCUGACACACCAGCGCAUUCACACUGACGAGAGAGCUUUUAAAUGCCCAGACUGCGGAAAGCGCUAUAAAACCUCCAAGGAAUUGACAUCCCACCAAAGUGUUCACACUGACGAGAGACCAUUCAGGUGCUCUCACUGUGGAACUGGGUUCAGACAAUCAUCUCAACUCACCGUACACCAGCGAACUCACACUGGGGAGAAGCCGUUCACAUGCUCCAUGUGCGGGAAAGGAUUCACUCAGUCAUCCAGCCUUCUGACACACCAUCGUGUUCACACAGGGGAGAGGCCAUUCACCUGCUCCGAGUGUGGGAAGGGAUUCACUCAGUCAUCCCACCUGCUGACACAUCAACGAGUUCACAAGAAACGAAAGUGAUUGGAUUUUGCUGUUAAUCAAAUACAGGCCUGAACCAUGUUCAUUGGGAUCUGUUUCUGCUGAUGAUACUAAACACCAGCCCAGUUAUAGUAAUUAAUGUUUUGGAUACAGUCAAAUAAAUUAGUUUUGUGC